AUGAAAUCAACACCAGCUUCAGAAGAGGAAGCAUCAACGACAUUAUCUAUAUGUGAGACGAUGAAAAAUAUUGCUUUCUUUUUAUUCCCUCAUGAUGAGUCUAAUUUUUUCAUAGCAGUUUUGAGAUUGCCACCUCAUCUGAAGUCACAUAGCAACAACUUAAGUGAAUAUAGAGGAAAUAUUUUGGACUUAUGA